AUGGCGGUCGCGGUCGGGCGGCCUGGGCGCCGCCUUCCCCCGGCCGUGACGGUCGGUUGGCGGCAGGGGUUCGAGCUGGCUGUGGCCGCAGUUGGUCUGUGGAGGCAGGAGGGCAGGGGCACCGCCGCCGCCGCCGCAUCCCCGGGCGGUGGCGGCAGGCAGUCAGGCAGGGCCCCGCCGCCGCCGCCGGCCGCCCGCCGCCGGCCGCCUUCCCCGGGCCGUGGCGGUGUUGGCGGCAAGGGAUCGAGCUGCUGUGCCGGGCGUUGGACCAAACUGAGCUCCGAGGAGCCAAAAGACAGCUCGCCCCCUUCCUUAAACGCUAAACCAACGCCAUCGCACCCGGGUUUGGGAAGGCCGCGGACGGCGGCGGUGCCAUGCCUGCCUUUUGCCUCCACAGACCAAACGGCGGCCACCGCCAUUAAUGCUCUCGAUAUCAGCUCGAUCCUACUUGCCCGCCAACCCACCGUCCACCGCCCGGGGAAGGCUUGCGGCUGGCAGGCGGGUGCCCUGCCGGCCUGCCCGCCUCCACCAGACCAAACUGCGGCCACCGCCAGAUCAGAUCCCCUGCUCGCCAACCACACGCCACGCCGGGGAAGGCGGCGGGCGGGCGGCCGGUUGGUGCCUGCGCCUGCUCAACAGACCAACUGCGGCCACCGCCAGCUCGAUCCCCUGCCGCAUUUAACAACACCGCCAAGACCGGGGAAGGCGGCGGCGGUCGGCACGGUUGCCAUGCCUGCCUGCCUCCAAAGAACAACUGAGGACACCGCCAGCGCGAUCCCCUGCCGCCAACCCACCGCCCAUCGCCCGGGAAGGCGGCGGCGGCGGUCGGUUUUGCCCUGCCUUGACGCAUCCACAGACCAACUGCGGCCACAGCCAGCUCGACAUCCCUUGCCGCCAACCACCCGCCCAGCCGGGGAAGGCGGCGGCGGCGGCCGGGUUGCCAUGCCUGCCUGUUCCCAAAGACAAACUGCGGCCACAGCAUCAGCUCGAACCCCUGCGCAACGACGUGAACGGUCCGGGGGAAGCGGCGCCCAUGGCCACGCCCAACGCGACGCCUAUGGGGCCGCCGCCUCGCCCCGCGCUCGUCUCCCCUUCUCUCAGUCCGCUGGCCAGGAACCAGCCGCGCCCCACAUAUAG